CUAUAAAGCUGUGGAGCUUGAAUGACUGCAGAGAAAAUCACGUUAGUACAUAUGAGACCAGACAAAGAAGAGAAAAUUUGACUCAAAAUGGGUAGAGUUAAAAAAGGACAGAGAAUGAAGAGGAAAGACUUGUGUGCAAUGGUUGGUGGCAUGGAUGCUUUGGUCAGAACAAUGAGGAGUGUUAACAUUUCAAAGACAGAUACAGGUUACUCUUCAAAAAUCUGGUCUGAACUCUCUCAGAGUCUGUUUGGUGAAGAUCAUAAGAAAAACCGUCAUUGGCUAUGGGUGAUGUGGACCGCAAACCGAAAUGGAGUAAAGGACUUGGUUACUAAACAACAGACAAAUGAUCCUCAGGUAAUGAAUAAUAAAGCAACUGAUUGUGAAACUGAGGAGCCAUCAGUAUUCAAGACAGACAAAAAUGAUGAAGAAAGACAGGUUACAGAAGAUGAACAACAGGAUGUGUCAUUGCAGAAUAUAGUUCAAGUGGAGGAAGCCAUCACAGAUGUUGAGGUAGAAUUAGACCAAAUUGAUGGAGAAGAUGAACAACAGAAUGUGUCAUUGCAGAAUAUAGUUCAAGUGGAGGAAGCCAUCGCAGAUGUUGAGGUAGUAUUAGACCAAAGUGAUGGAGAAGAUGAACAACAGAAUGUGUCAUUGCAGAGUGGCAUCCAAACUGAACAUGGAAAAAGAGGGAACACAAAACAAUGGAGAAAGAUGCCAGUGUGUUCAAAAAGGUUCAUAAUUACAGUGAACAGAAAGAAAUGGCAAACAGUUGUUCCACUGCAAGGUUCUACAAAACUGAGACAACCGUGGACCCAUGUAUUGUACAACAGUUUCAGAAAGAAAAAUCCUUGUUGUACCCUUUCCUUCAAGAGCCAGCAUAUUAAAACUCCUCACAGCCGGAAAAUUAAUAGUCCGUAUUUAAAUAUUACAGCAGUUUGUACAUUCCCUUCCUGCAGUGCAAAAUACUUCUUUAAAAGGAAAAAGGAGCCAGUGGCAGACAACCCAGUUAAGAUCUCUGUGCUACAAAAAGGACAAAUUGCACACAAAAAAAGUGAACGAAAAUUCAGACCAGCAACAAACACAAAGAAGAGGGAGAAAUGCAAGAGCCCUAGACAAAGGAGUUAGCCAAUUUUCUCACAGUAAACCUUAAAAAAAAAACAUUUCUGAACUAAUUUCUUGAAACAACGCAAAGUCUGAACAAAAAUGUUCUAAAAGUGAUUAGUUCAAAGUUUAGAAAGAGUAAAAGAAUUAAUGAUGAUGUUCAUGGAGAUGAACCUCACUCAAAAUAUCCUGAAGGAAUGUGACACCAAAUUUCACAAAAUGCCUGGGUACAUACAGAACUUUCAAGUGGACCCCUUCAGUGUACAUAUGUACACGGAAACAGGAGUAAGCUUAGUUGUGCAACACCUAAGAAAGAAGACUCCACUGACCCUAUACUGUACCUUGAUGCUACAGGAAAUGUUGCAUCAAAAGUUCCUGGUCAGACCAAAAGAGUCCUUUACUACUCUCUCAGUCUGCCUGGAUGUGGUCAGAAUGCUCCUCCCCUCCCUGUCUGUGAGAUGCUGACAAAUGAACACUCUAUUCCACAAAUCACAUUCUGGAUAAUGCAGUUCUUCCGAAAACUUUCACAGUACACAAAACUAAGAGUGCACCAGAUAGAAACAGACUAUAGCUGGACACUGCUCCAAAGUGUUCUUCUGUCAUUUAACAGGGAGAGCAUUGUCGACUACUUGGACAGGGCUUUUGACAUUUGUUCAAAACUGAAGACAUGGAAGGAUAUCAAAGCAUUUACAGUGCUACAAAUAUGUUCUGCCAAAGGUUUGAAUGAAUUUGCAACAUUUGCAUUUGCCAGGUUGCAAAACACUACCUCAAUGACCACACUGUGGUAGGCACUGUCUUAAUUGGGAAGCACAACACCAUUACUGUCAUGAUUAAUCUGAAGGCCAUGUAGGACUUAAUAAAAGAAGGCAAGAUUCCAGACAUAGAAGAUUUAGAGGACAAUUUACAGAACAGUCCCUUAACUCAGGAAGAAGAUGAAGAGGACUGAACAAAUGCCCACACUAUUGUUGGCAGAUCUCCCUUCACAUAAGAAUUCAAGAAGGUAUUGAAGGAGGUACAGGAAGAGAUUGAAAAAGGAUUCUGAGACUACAAACUAUAAAGAAAAUGCAUACUUCUGCCCAGGCAUUGUUGAUGUCCUUUUUGGCAACUAUCUUGGCAUUUUUUCCACUUUGGAGUGGUCUUCUGUUGGGGGAUUUGAAACGGUAUGCAGAUGGCAAUGAAGAUGACAGCUCUGUGCCAAUUAAAACAAGGGACACAAAUUGCCAUGUUGAGCGAUGGUUCGGAAUCGUGAAACAGUCAAUUCUGAAAAAACAAAGACGCCUUUAUGCCAGGAGCAUUUGUCAGAAAAAUGUAUGCCUCUUUACAGGGGAGGUACAUAGAACACAUAAUGGCUCAUAACUUCUCUGAACGGCUGCUACUCGAACACAUCCGAUGAAAAGCCCUAACUUAAUCUCAGGAAGGUUUGGCAAAGAGAGAGAGAGUCAAUCAAGAAAAAAAGCAAAGAUGUCAAUAACAGCAGUACUGACCUCACACAUAAAAUGUCUGAGACUGCCACAGAGGUAUGAUCUCUCAAAUAAUUUAAAUCAAAUUAUUGUCAUUUGUAGAGCUUAAAGCCACCUAUAGCACUAUAAAGCUAUAAAAACUAUAUUAAAUUGUGAAAUGUUUAGCAAUGGCACUUAAGGUGUGUUCACCCCAGGACACAGUCCAUCUUUAAAAAAAAAAAUGACACAAAUGAAAAAAAUAUUCAUGAUCACUAAAUGAAAUGUCAGCUGUCUGUACAAGGACAGUAGAAUGUGCUGUCAAAGUAGCCUAUUAAAAUGUUUUAAAUGGAUUUAAUAUGUAAUAUGGACACACAAACCUACUGAAAUUGUAGUUGCUGUUGUAAAGCAGGAACAGAGCCAGAAUUUCACUCUGCGGCACAGAGAGUUACAGACUUUGAGGCCUGAUGGACUCA